CACCAAAACCUGGCUACGGUCCAUCUUACAUUGCUCCCCGAGCUGCUACAUUACCAUUGGCAGGGGCAUAUGGUGCUAGGGACUUUAGAUUUUUUGACUUUGGUGAGGAGGACAGACACGAGAGAUCAACUCAUACAUCCUCAUCAACUUUGACAGGAGAUACCAGUUCUAGGAGGCAUGAUACAUCCUACAGUGGCUAUGAUCCACCAUCCAUAUCAUUGCUUCAGCUGCAGAAAAACACUUGGCACACUGAAAUAGAACCAACAAUUUACCCUUAUGAUAAGCUGAAGAUCACCAAUUUUGAUCUGCCAAAAGAUGUGGACAUAAAUCACCUUGAGAUUCACUUGUCUAAUCAGGAGUUUGAAAGGUUGUUUAACAUGCCUAGGGAAGCCUUCUACAAAAUGGCAGAAUGGAAACGUAAUGACAUCAAACGCAAGCUACAUUUAUAUUAG